CGAGAUUAUGCUUAAUCACAACUUUGUUUCCUACGUUUACUUUUUAAAAUUACAAAAAGUCAAAACCAACAUUUCACUGCACCAUCAUCUCUCUCUCAACAAUGGACGUUAAUAUUCUUCAACCGUCUUCUUCCUCUCUCUCUCUCUCCCUCUCGAUCAUCAACCUCUCUACAACCUUCUUUGCUUAGGAUUCACAUUUAAUUAGACUUGGUCCGACUCUAAUGGCGCCUGAACGAUUUCGAUUCCGGCGAACAGAGAGGAAUUGGGCUACGCUUUGCUGUUCUUCGGCUUCUUCGUCGUGCUUACAGCUCUAUUGGGCUCGUCUUCUCCUCCGUAAAUGGCUUAACAUUUCGGCCACUGAAUCAGAUCUUACCGUUGAUAGUGAAGAUGAAGAAGAUGAUGAUAGUGCUGGUGAUUCUGAAAGCGAAGGAAUCGAAGAAGAAGCUCAUGCUGAUACUGACGAUGCUGAACCAAAGCUGAGAAGAAGGAACUCAGAAACGUUCAGGGUUCAGUAUAUGGACACCAAAGCAAUCAGGCCGCACAUCUCAUUUGAGUUCUUUGGUAAAACGUUGGUUUUUGAUGUAGCUAGAAUCUGUGUUGGGACUUGGAAUGUUGGAGGAAGAGUCCCACCUCCUGACUUGGAUAUUGAUGGUUGGGUCGAUACCAUCGAACCGGCAGACAUUUAUGUCAUCGGUCUUCAAGAAAUCGUUCCGCUGAAUGCUGGCAACAUAUUUGGUAUUGAGGAUGUGCGGCCUGCUUCUGAAUGGGAGGACACUAUACGCGAUGCGCUAAAUAGAAUCCGACCUCGAAAGGUAAAGAUCGUAAGCUACAGUGAUCCUCCUUCACCGUCAAAGUUUAAGCCACUGGAAGAGGUCCAUGAUGUAGUAGAAGAUAUGUUUACUAGCAAUGUGAUUCAUCCCGUUGAUGAGAACGUCGACUUUGAUGGUAUAGUUGAUACUAACUACGACAAGAGAUCAUGCUUGCCGAGACAAGAGUAUCUCCAGAGGCAGUUUUCAUCUCCAAAGACGCUGGACAGGUUGUUUUCAAUGCAGCUUGACAAUGGUUCGAAACGUGCAAAAAGGUUAAACCGAUGGUUUAGUUACUCCGAAAGAGUUGGUUUGAGCUGGCCAGAGCCUCCACUGAGAUUGUUAAACCAACAUGUCCGAGAAAAACGUUGUUCAUACAACAAGUCUUCAUUGAAGCCUUUCAAGAAUUAUAACUCUUUUAAAGCGAUUGGAAACAAUUACGGUGUUGCAGCGGGGAAGAAGACGCCUCUACUUGCGGAUUUAGAUUUCAAGCCUCUCAUGAAUGUGAGGAAACCAUCGUAUGUACGGAUCGUAAGCAAACAGAUGGUUGGAGUUUUUUUAACCAUAUGGGUUCGGAGAAGCUUGCGCAAGCACAUAAGAAACCUCAGUGUGUCUACUGUUGGUGUUGGCGUUAUGGGUUACAUUGGUAACAAGGGAGCUGUCUCCGUGAGCAUGUCAGUGUAUCAGACACCGUUUUGUUUUGUGUGCACGCAUCUAGCCUCAGGGGAAAAAGAUGGAGAUCAAAGGAAAAGAAACGCUGAUGUAAGCGACAUUCACAAAAGAACGCAUUUUCAUCCUCAUUCUCUUAGCGCAACAAGACUUCCAAGAAGCAUCCGUGAUCACGAAAAAAUAAUCUGGCUGGGAGAUCUGAACUAUCGGAUUAACUUAUCGUAUAAGAAGACACAUGAACUUAUUGCAAGAAAAGACUGGAAGAGGUUAGCUGAAAAGGACCAGCUUGCAAGAGAAAUGAGACAAGGGCGUGUAUUCGAGGGAUGGUCAGAAGGAGCUCUAGAUUUUCCACCAACUUACAAAUACGAAAUCGAUUCAGAAAACUACGGAGGAAAAUAUCCGAAAGCCGGGAAACGGACACCAGCAUGGUGCGAUCGUAUUAUUUGGUACGGGAAAGGAAUGAAGCAUAUGAGUUACAGAAGAAGUGAGAUCAAACUCUCUGAUCACCGGCCGGUCACAGCUACAUUUGUGGUGGAGGUUGAGGUUUUCUCUCCUCGGAAGCUUCAGCGUACGCUCACGCUCACAAACGCAGAGAUUGAUAGCCAUGAAGCUUUUGUGCACGAUUAGUUUUUGAAACUAAAAUCAGAUCUAUUCACUCUGAAAAUGUUUCAAAUCAUUUGUUAUUCAUAGAUUCUAUUUGUGACAUGUUUCGUCAAAAAAAAACGUCUUGGUUAAUGGUUUGUGAAAGGGUGUCAAUAUGUAGUCUUAGUGUGAAAUACACAAUCUUCCUACAUGUGUGUGCGUGUGUGUUAAGAUAUGUAUUCGUGAAUCAAGAUGUGAAAAAAAACUAAUUGAAUCCAAGUCUCUCUAGCUAUAUUUGGGGUUUGAUUCAAUGUACAAGUUAAA